AUGAAAAACCUAUUCCUAAUCACAUCUCUUCUUAUUGGCAGUGUGUUAGCCUUGGCUGGAAGAGGCUCCAAAUCUGCGCUUGUUCUGGUUGCCGCUCGAUCCACGGAAGCCCAUCCAAUUCAUGCAACUGAUCCAAUCACCAUUUGGUGUGCUCCUGAUAAUCCGCAAGUCGUAAUCAGCAAAGCCACAAUCAUCCGACUCCGUGAUAAUGAGAAACUUGAGCCAACACUGAAUCCAACCAAAAAGAAUGCCACCUACACUUUUGGAUCUCCGUCUAUCAAUGACGCCGGCGAGUAUAAAUGCGAAUUGGAGACACCACACGGAAAGAUCAGCCAUCGGGUUUCCAUUUAUUCCCGACCGAUUGUUCAUUCCCAUGAACAUUUCACUGAACAUGAAGGGCAUGAAUUCCAUUUGGAGAGCACUGGAACUACUAUUGAGAAAGGAGAAUCGGUUUCGUUGACUUGCCCAGUAACUGGAUAUCCAAAACCAGUUGUCAAAUGGACAAAAGAUGGAGCACCACUUGCUCUGAGCAGUUCUGUUUCAAUGGAAGGAACUACUGUUAUCCUAUCAAGUGUCAAUUACACGGACGCUGGAACUUACUCAUGUGAAGCUGUCAACGAGUACACUUUGAAUGGAAAAACAAGCAAAAUGUUGUUGGUUGUGGAUAAAAUGGUCACUGUCAGAAGCGAAUAUCAAUGGGUGUAUCCACUGGCUGUCAUUGUUAUCACUCUGGUUCUGUUGACUACUAUCAUUAUUUUCUGCGAAUGGCGCAACAAUCAUGCUGCACGUAAAGCCUGA